UCCGCAAUUCUUUCCUGAAGGCGGAUCGUCAGGCGGCAGAGCGGCCUGCGGAAGCACCGCCCACCGGACAAGCCGGCGUCGACCGAUCGAUUGCUCGAUUCUGUUUGCGGUGCCGCUAGCUUCGGGUCCGGUUGAGGGAUGUCGGGUCCUCGCGCUAUCCUGAGCUCGUCCAAGGUUUACCGGGUUUUGACUCGUUCUGCUUUCACUGCAAGGAAACCUGACUACACAAAUCCAAACUGGCUAAGAGUUGGCCUGGCAUUUGGCAGUACAAUAGCAUUGUGGACUCUGCUCUUCAAGCAACAUAAUCAGGAUGUUCAAGCAUACAAAGCACAUCAUGGAAUCGAAUAAUUGACUAUCCAUAUAAAACAAUUUAUCGAAGUAUUUAAAGUACAACAAAGUCAGUGAAAUAAAUCACAGGAAGAAGAUACAAGCUGCUUGACAAAUAAAGGAACCUGAAUGUCGAUUCAUUCUGGAUUAAGCAAAGAAAAUCUGUUUCUGCUGUUCUUCACACAUUAUCAACUUUAUAGUAGCUGUUAUAUUAAUUGGGGAUGAAGCCCUCUGGAAUGAAAUGAAAUGUUCUUGUGGUAAAUAAAUGUAAAAGAAGAUCUAAUCCAGUAUUAUACCUGAUUUAUUUAUGGAUGCAGGCCAUUAAGUUUAUUUUACCAACUCUCUUUUCUCCAGAAUCAAUCACCUUGGCCUCUCCUAUAUAGAGUCCACUGGUACUAUUUUUGUUGUUACCUUGCAGAGUGGUGAUCUUAACUGGAGAGAAAAACAUAUUUUACUAAAAAAUUCUAUAAAACAAAACAAUCAUCAGAACUUUGAGGAUGUCAAAUGCAUUGGGGCAGCUUGCUAAAUGCAGCCAUUAUUCAUGAUCACUUGUCUGAUCACAGCCAAUGAGAGUGCUAUGCAUAAAUAUGUGAUUCAAACAGGACCUUCAUUCCUAAGAAUACAUUCAGUACAUGUUAUACAGUCAGCAGAAAAAGUGAUCUCUUAUUUUUUUUCUCCUUAUUUAAAUUAGUUGCAGCCAUGUCAUUUAAUUGCAAUGCAGAUGUAUGUAUAUUUGGUUCCAUCACCUCCUGUACUGUUACGAGGCUCUUGGGUAGUAAUUCAAAAUACAAUUAAACACCAUUUUUUGUUUCUUACGCAAA